CCGUGCUGCACUGCCGGCUUGACUCGCUGUGAGACCUGGGGGUGCGGCCAUGGAAGUGGUGGGCGACUUCGAGUACAGCAAGAGGGACCUCGUGGGACAUGGGGCGUUCGCCGUGGUCUUCCGGGGGCGGCACCGCCAGAAAACUGAUUGGGAGGUAGCUAUUAAAAGUAUUAAUAAAAAGAACUUGUCAAAAUCACAAAUACUACUUGGGAAGGAAAUUAAAAUCUUAAAGGAACUUCAACAUGAAAAUAUUGUAGCUCUCUAUGAUGUUCAGGAAUUACCCAACUCUGUCUUCCUGGUGAUGGAGUAUUGCAAUGGUGGAGACCUGGCAGAUUAUUUGCAAGCUAAAGGAACUCUCAGUGAAGAUACCAUUAGAGUGUUUCUGCAUCAGAUUGCAGCUGCUAUGCGAAUUUUGCACAGCAAGGGAAUAAUCCACAGGGAUCUCAAGCCACAGAACAUCUUGCUGUCCUACGCCAAUCGCAGAAAGUCCAGCGUUAGUGGUGUUCGCAUCAAAAUAGCGGAUUUUGGUUUUGCUCGUUAUCUACACAGUAACAUGAUGGCUGCGACCCUGUGUGGGUCCCCAAUGUACAUGGCUCCUGAGGUUAUCAUGUCUCAACAUUAUGAUGCUAAGGCAGAUUUGUGGAGCAUAGGAACAGUAGUAUAUCAGUGCCUAGUUGGAAAACCACCUUUUCAGGCCAAUAGUCCUCAAGACUUAAGGAUGUUUUAUGAAAAAAACAGAAGCUUAAUGCCUAGCAUCCCCAGAGAAACAUCACCUUAUUUGGCUAAUCUCCUUUUGGGUUUGCUUCAGAGAAACCAAAAAGAUAGAAUGGACUUUGAAACAUUUUUUAGCCAUCCUUUUCUUGAGCAAGUUCCAGUAAAGAAGUCCUGCCCAGUGCCAGUGCCUGUGUACACUGGCUUUGUCCCUGGAAGUGCCUGUGGCAGCUCUCCCUCCUGUCGUUUUGCCUCUCCACCAUCCCUUGCAGAUAUGCAGCAUAUUCAGGAAGAAAACUUAUCCUCCCCACCAUUGGGUCCUCCCAACUACCUACAAGUGUCCAAAGACUCUGCCAGUACUAGUAGCAAGAACUCCUCUUGCGACACGGAUGACUUUGUUUUGGUUCCACACAACAUCUCGUCAGACCACUCAUAUGAUAUGCCAAUAGGAACUGUUGGGAGACGAGCUUCAAAUGAGUUCUUGGUGUGUGGAGGGCAGUGUCCGCCUACUGUGUCACCUCACAGUGAAACAGCACCAAUUCCAGUUCCUACUCAGAUAAAGAAUUAUCAGCGCAUAGAGCAGAAUCUUACGUCUACUGCCUGCUCUGGCACAAAUCCACAUGGUUCUCCCAGAUCUGCAAUGGUACGGAGGUCUAACACCAGCCCAAUGGGCUUUUUCCGUGUGGGAUCCUGCUCCCCAGCGCCAGCAGACACAGUGCAAACAGUCGGACGAAGACUCUCUACUGGGUCUUCCAGGCCUUAUUCACCUUCCCCUUUGGUUGGUACCAUUCCUGAGCACUUCAGCCAGUGCUGCUGUGGAUAUCCUCAGGGUCAUGAAUCCAGGAGCCGAAACUCAUCAGGUUCUUCAGGGCUGCAGGCGCAGUCACCGCAGUCCUUCCUACUGGGGGCCAGGCUGCCAAGCGCUCCCAUCCUCACUGACACCCACCAGAACAAGCAGAAGCUGAGGAAGCAGCACUCAGACCCUGUGUGCCCAGCCCACAUGGGGGCCACACACAGUGGCUCACCUCAGCCUGGCCGGCCUGGCAGCCUUGGGACUUCUCCCACCAAACACACUGGGUCCUCUCCACGGGGGUCCGACUGGUUCUUUAAAACCCCUUUACCAACAAUCAUUGGCUCUCCUACUAAGACCAUAGCUCCUUUCAAAAUCCCUAAAACACAAGCAUCUUCCAACCUGCUAGCCCUGGCUCCUCGUCACGGGCCUCCUGAAGGACAGUCUAAAGAUGGGAGUGACCCACGAGAAUGCUCUCAUUGUCUCUUAGCACAAGGAAGUGAGAGGCAGAAGGCUGAGCAGCAGAGCAAGGCUGUGUUUGGCAGAUCUGUCAGUACUGGGAAAUUAUCUGAUCAACAAGUAAAGACACCUCUAGGUGGAUAUCAGGGCAGCACAGACAGUUUAAAUGCAGAACGACCAAUGGAUACAGCCCCUGCAGGAGCCCAUGGUGUGGUCCUGGCACCUCCAGUGGGAACAGCACCAAGUUCUAGGGCUGUCCUGUUCACAGUUGGGUCUCCUCCACACAGUGCCACAGCCCUGCCCUGUGCCCAUGUGGUGCUCCGAGCAAGAACAACCUCAGCGGGCUCCAGCAGCUCUGGAGGCUCCUUGUGUUCCACAAGUGGCCGAGUGUGUGUGGGCUCCCCGCCUGGGCCGUGCUGGGGCUCUUCGCCUCCAGGAGCAGAGGCAGCUCCAAGCCUGAGAUACAUGCCUUAUGGUGCUUCACCCCCCAGCCUAGAGGGGCUCGUCACUUUUGAAGCCCCUGAACUGCCAGAGGAAACGCUGAUGGAGCGAGAACACACAGAUGCCUUACGCCACCUGAAUGUGAUGCUGAUGUUCACUGAGUGUGUGCUGGACCUGACUGCUGUGAGGGGCGGGGACCCAGAGCUCUACACGUCAGCCGUCUCCUUGUACCAGAUUCAGGAGAGUGUGGUUGUGGACCAGAUCAGCCAACUGAGUAAAGACUGGGGGCGGGUGGAGCAACUGGUGUUAUACAUGAAAGCUGCGCAGCUGCUAGCAGCAUCGCUGCAUCUUGCUAAAGCCCAGAUCAAGUCCGGGAAACUGAGCCCAUCCACGGCAGUGAAAGAAGUUGUGAAAAAUCUUAAUGAACGAUACAAGUUCUGCAUCACCAUGUGCAAGAAACUUACAGAAAAGCUGAAUCGCUUCUUCUCUGACAAGCAGAGAUUUAUUGAUGAAAUCAACAGCGUAACUGCAGAGAAACUCAUCUAUAAUUGUGCUGUAGAAAUGGUUCAGUCUGCAGCUCUGGACGAGAUGUUCCAGCAGACUGAAGACAUUGUCCAUCGCUAUCAGAAGGCAGCCCUGCUUUUGGAAGGCCUAGCUAAGAUUCUCCAGGACCCUGCAGAUAUUGAAAACAUACACAAAUAUAAAUCUAGUAUUGAAAGAAGAUUGUCGGCACUCUGCUAUAGUUCUUCCACAAUGUGAGCGGCGGCAGGCCUGUCCCAUGGCCCCUUGGUGAGGGGUAUAAGGUGCAUCUGAGAAGUGUCUGUGCUACCACUGUGCGGCCUGGAGACAGUUCAUGUCCGGAUGACGUACUCCUGAAUCUUCAGCCAUGGAAGCUCUUGGGCCUACCCAAGUCUCUUCCUUGGCUGUUAAAGCUCUGUAAAAAUGCUUUCUUUGGGAGAGGGGUCAAGGGGGUACUUCCUCACCUGCUACAGAAGAAAUGGCACCAUAAGUGAUUUGCCUGGGAAAGCACUGCUCUGCGGGAAACUGACAGUUGUCCCCAAAAGCUCCACUUCAGCAGAAGAGGCAAAACCAAACCAGUAAAGGGCCGUUGUGAACUCAGUGACCAUCAUCCUGGAGAAAGAAACAGAAGCAGAGAGGCCGCUGACAGUGCAGCCCCACUAUGUGCAAGGACCAGGACAUCUGGACCCGAAAGAGGUGUGUCUGCACUCAGUGCAGGCAUACCGAAUCUGUGGGUGUUUUCCUUUUCAGAGAGGGCCUCUCAGUCCAGUUUUUAAUGUGCCAGAGGUCUCGGUGCCUCCGAAGAGGGAUCUGAGAUGGGAGAUUCUUCUGAAGUCUACAACCUGGGAGUUGCUAAGUGUAUGGGGGUGUGUUAGGAAGAACUGAUUCAAUUUCCUUCUUAACCUGGUUGGCUGUCUCAGUGCUGCUCCCCACUGAGUCCCUCCCCUCUGGGGCCACCCUGCUCUGGGAGGGUUUUUUCACAUCACUAGGAAAGGCCAUCAGAGCCCUUAUUUAUGGAGAACUUCUGUCCAUCCUUGGGCAUAGUGGUGCACUUGGUCUGACUCCAGCUCUCCCAUGCAUUACUGUGUGUCUUUGGGUACACACCCUGACCUCUCUGUAUCUGGCAAACCAGGGGAGGGCACAGCUCACACAGCCAUGGUGAGAACAAAGCAAGUUAGUAAGUGUGAAGUUCAAACAGCCCCGAACCAGCACAGUAAGUCCUUGAGAGCGUCAGCUGUUGAAGUGGUGGUCCAUCUGUAGCUCUUUGCUGUUUUGUUUUGGGGAGAGGUGAUGAACAGUUUGUUUUGGUGGGGGAGCGGGUGGGGUUGAGGCAAAGCCUGGUUUCAGAGCUUACUGGAACCACAUUUGCUUUAGCCAGACAGCUAAAGGACGCAGCUCCUUCCCCGGCCCACCCACCAGGCAGUCUGUUUUCAAGAUAUCCUUUACUUACCCUUUUAGGUCGACCUGGCAAUUUUAACAAAAUGUGUGUCAGUCUAUUUAUUACUUUGAUUCUCAUACCAACCCUUACAUGCCUCAUUUUACAGAUGGAAAAAACUGACUUGGAGAGUAAUUUUCCCAAGAGAAAGGCCACAUGCCUAGAUAUGGUAGAAGCAGAGUACUGCAGGGGUUGGACUGCCAGACUGCUGGGCAGGAGGAAUCUUGCUUCUCUUACAUGGUGUCCCAGAGUGCCAUGCCUGUGCACGUCUGGGUCCUUCUAGGAAGAGGGGAGCGAAGGCAGCUUUAUGACAUUUGGUAUCCAGGUGCCUCCUGCUGGAGCCGUCUUGCAGGAACAGAAGGCAGCAGAUGCCAAGAAGCAGAUGAAGUCAGGAGCUUUGUGCAGCCCCCUUGGGGGGUGUGCAGUAGGAGUCCAAGCACAGUAGGUUUAAGAAACCACCCUUGAAACUAUGUGAAAGGGCUUCUACGAUGUGAAUAAACUUGAGCCUUUGA